AGCUUUGGCUGGCUUUGGGGAAGACCACUGCAGAGAUGGCUUGUUGGAGAAAGGCGAAGGAAAUGAAAGUCAAUCUUGUGACAGUUUGCCCUGGCCUUCUCAUGGACUCAAGUGCUUGCCAGGACAGCUCCAUACCCUAUCUCAAAGGUGGGAAGGAUAUGCUAAAAAAUGGUCACCUAGCCAUUGAGGAUGUGGAAAAGGCUGCAGAGGCGCACGUCUUUGUUUACGAAGCCAUGGACAAUGGAGCAGGUGGGAGAUACCUAUGCUUUGGGAAUGUUAUAAGAAAAAGAAGUGAAGCCAUUGAACUCGAAAAUAGGUUAAAGAUUCAGGGUAUGUUAUCAGGAGGAGGAAGCCAUGAAGUGUUAAAUGAAGAAGAAGAUGCAGAAGUAACCAGCAUGCUCAGUAAUGCAAAGCUUGUCAGAUUGAUUCAAGCUUCUAAAAGAUUUUCGUGCAAGCUAGAAGUUUAGAUUCAUUACUGCAUAUCUGGUAAUUAAUUAAAGAGGGGAGAAUUCUCUUUCAGAAAAGAGUUUGAGACUGAAAGAGGGAGAGAAUGGUAGCCUUAUAGUAGAGGAAAGCUUCAUGGUAUUUUUUUAUUGAAAGUGGUGCGAGGUCCAUAGUUUUACGAAUCAUAUUGCUAGAGGAGGAUGUUGGAUGUUGUGGACUAUGUCACAGUGCUUGUAACUGUGUUUAGAAUUUUUUUUGAUCCUCAAUAAAGCAAUAUAUACCCCCUCAA